AUGACUGCUAUUAUCAAUUCGCUGGCUUUGACUACAAAUCCUCAUGUCCAGCUCUCGUCUGGGUCUCCUCUGAAACCAUCACAACAAUAUCUUGGGAGUGUGGCCCCUAUAAACUUGUCACUCAAUUCAAAGCAUAUUGGGAAAGCUCAGCUAUCUACCUCCAAGAGGUCCUUCACAGUUCAGGCUGGAUAUAGUGAUGGAGGUAGGUCAAACAGUUCAAGCAUCUUCAUCAGUGGCUUUGUUUUGGGAGGACUUAUAGUUGGCACACUGGGUGCUGUAUAUGCACCUCAGAUCAGUAAAGCACUGGCUGGAGCUGACCGGAAGGAUCUAAUGAGAAAACUGCCCAAGUUCAUAUAUGAUGAGGACAAAGCUUUGGAGAAAACACGAAAGGUACUGGCUGAGAAGAUAGCGCAGCUGAACUCUGCUAUAGAUGAUGUUUCUGGCCAGCUCCGAUCGGAAGAUGAUCCAAAUGAAGUACCUGUGAGCACAGAUGAAGUUGAAGCUGUCAUAUGA